CCCGUCAGUGUCACACUUUUUGUCCUCCGCUGGUUCGCUAUGGAAAUGGAAAUCGUGAAGUCGGAUCGUCCCUCUGACCUUUCGAGGCUUUCUAGCCUCCCAGACGAGACGCUUGUGCUUAUUCUAAGCAAUUUCUGUCUGCAUUGCCGCGAAUUGCGGCAAGAGGAGCCCCACGCAACACCGCUCGCCUUCUUCCCACGCAACCAAGCCCCCAACCAGCCCUCGUGGAACUCACGCGACUGCCAUGCACUGCACUCGAUGUGCAGGGUCUCGAGGAGAUUCCUCCCCGUCGCCCAGGAAAUACUCUACCAUGAGUUCGUCCCCGGAUACGGCGACUCAUGGAACGGCGAUUACGAAUUCUACUGGCGUCUCACUCCCUUCCUCCGAACCGUGACACUGCGCCGCGACCUGGCCGCCUUGGUCAAGAGAUUGUAUCUCGAUCUCAAUCUCCUCAACUCUAUCACUAACUCCGAGGCCAAGGAUGCACUGCAAAAGGCCGCACAGGCCCGUGGCAUCCGGCUGUCCGACUUUCUUCGCCCUUACCGGGAUCUGUUGCCGCCCUACCAUUGCGAAGAAUACUGCCCUUCGGGUGAUGAGAUGGCAUGCAUGCUUCUGGCUUCUCUCCCAAAUCUUAAAACGCUCGUCUUCUCGGCCGCCGCUCCUUUUACGGCCAUUCUUUCAUCAUCUCUGCGCGCUGCCCGUGCAGAGAGCCUCUCCAUCCAGACUCUCGACCUCCGCGGAAUUGACAUCAACUUUCGUGCCCGUUAUGAUGGUAUCCUCGAGUUGGCAUCCUCAACCUUGGAAACCCUCAACAUUGAUACCUGUCUGCGUUGUCGACUCACCGGCUUUGUCCGGCCUUUUCCGAAAAUGAGAAACGUAACCAUCACUAACAGCAGGCUUUUCGAGUCAGAUUUUGCAGCGCUUCUUUCGUGCUGCGCAGGCCUCGAGACGUUUACCUACGAAUGCCGUAGUGAGUCUUGAACUCUCGACAAAGCCAUGACGGCUGUUGCUGACGUUGAAGCUGGCAUACCUGACACUGGCC